AUUAGGUAUAUUUGACAAAUUGACAUGACUCUAUUUAUUUACAAAAUAAACUUAAUUUACAGUGUUUAUAACUCCUAUUCAGUAAUUGUUUGAUUAAAUGUGUGGUCUAGUUGCUUAAAAUAUCUUACUCAUAGUAAAUAUUUAUGUCUAAUUAGAGAAAAUGAUGUAAAUCCACAAUAAUAUGUUAUACAUAUAUCCUCAUGUCAAAUAUGUCUAACCUUAGCGAGACUUUAAUAGACAAAAUUGUGGAAAGCUGCUUCGAAGUGUACUAUGACUUACCGAAGAAUGGAAAACCUGUUGAGAAGGAAUGGACAGUGUUAUCGUGUAUUAUUAUGUACAACAAAUAUAUGAAAACGCUUGAAGUCGCAUCUUUAGGCACUGGUUCGAAAUGUAUCGGUGCUACGAAGAUGUCUCCGACUGGAGUCAUACUCAACGACAGCCAUGCAGAAGUAUUUGCUCGACGCGGUUUCUUGCUGUAUUUGUAUCACAAUAUUGACAGGGCUUUAAAACAUGAACCCUCUAUAUUUAGAAAUUGUGAUGGCCACUUAAAGUUAUAUGAUGGCAUUGAGUUUAUAUUCUAUUCGUCCCAACUGCCUUGUGGAGACGCUUCUAUUAUUCGCGGUGGAGAGGAAGAUUAUGGUGAUGUACUAAAACCAGAGAAGCGCAAAGCUGAUGAUGAAACUUGUGAUAUUGAUGUGAAAAAACAGAAAACAGACAAUGGUGUCCAUAGAACAGGAGCCAAGUGUCUGCCUCAUUGUGAGCAAGAUCCAAAAGAUCCAGAAAUUGUUGACCAACUUCUUGGUCAAGUAAGAACCAAGCCUGGAAAGGGCGAUAAGACCUUGUCAGUCUCAUGCAGUGAUAAAAUAGCAAAAUGGAUACAUUUAGGUAUCCAAGGCAGUUUGAUAGAUAUGCUUUGUGAACCAAUAUAUAUAAAAUAUUUUAUCUUUGGAAAUGGGGUUCCUUACUCUGAACAGUCAUUAAAAAGAGCCUUCUUGAAUAGAGCAGAAUGCUCGUCAUUGAAAUUGGAUAUUGUUCCAGAGUUCUAUCAAACAUCUUUGGUGUUCCCUCAUGUCUGCUCUGAUGAAAAUGUACGGCCGGCUCCAGGGAGUAUAAUAUGGAGCAGAACAAAUACCCACCAGUUUGAAGUUGCAGUGCAAGGGAAAAAGUUAGGAGCCACCAAAAAAAAUGCAUUGUUACCAAGAAGUAGUUUAUGUAUAAGUAAAUACAAACUUUACAAGAAGUUUUUACAGAUAUUAAAUAAAAAUGAGGUUCUCAAAAAAAAAAUAUGUGGCGAAGAGAAUAUUGAGUGUAUACCUUAUAAUAAAAUGAAGAGAAAAUCUACAAGAUACAUAGCAAAAUGGUCUAAAAUUAAGGAGAAGUUUUUUAAAACAUGGACAAUCAAACCAGACAUGUGGGGAUUCUGUGUAAAUAUGACAUAAAUAUUAAGUUAUAAUCUUUGAUUUCAAUACAAAGUAAGUUUUUACCUUAC